GGACCCACCGGCGCGGUCGGGAAGGAUGGUCGUGUGAGGAGCGGGCGGCGUGAGGAGGAGCAGGAGGAAGCAGGAGAAGAAGCAGCAGCACCAGCCGCCGGGCGACAGAGACCGAGAGGGGAGGGGGCUUCCCCGGGGGGGGAAGGGGGGGUCCCGGCGUUUCAUGUGGCGCGUCCCACCCGUCUCCUGCAGCUGAGCGAGCGAGGGAGCGGCAGGCGGGCCCGCCGGGGCGAGGCGGAGGGCGAAGGCAGGAAGAGGAGAGAGGUGAUCGCCGUUGGGGCAGAGCGGGAGAGACCAUGUCCGGGCGGCCCAGGACCACCUCCUUCGCGGAGAGCUGCAAGCCGGUGCAGCAGCCCUCGGCCUUCGGCAGCAUGAAAGUCAGCCGAGACAAAGAUGGCAGCAAGGUAACUACAGUAGUGGCAACUCCUGGACAAGGUCCGGACCGACCACAAGAAGUCAGCUACACAGACACCAAGGUGAUUGGAAAUGGAUCUUUUGGUGUUGUGUAUCAAGCCAAACUCUGUGAUUCAGGAGAGCUUGUGGCCAUUAAGAAAGUCCUGCAGGAUAAAAGAUUUAAGAACAGAGAGCUCCAGAUUAUGAGAAAGUUGGAUCAUUGUAACAUUGUCCGAUUGCGUUAUUUCUUCUACUCUAGUGGAGAGAAGAAAGAUGAGGUGUACCUCAACUUGGUGCUGGACUAUGUUCCUGAAACAGUAUACAGAGUUGCCAGACAUUAUAGUCGGGCCAAACAGACACUCCCUAUGAUUUAUGUCAAGUUGUACAUGUAUCAGCUGUUCCGGAGUUUAGCCUAUAUCCAUUCCUUUGGGAUCUGCCACCGGGAUAUAAAACCACAGAACCUCUUGCUGGACCCUGAUACAGCUGUUCUAAAACUCUGUGACUUCGGAAGUGCAAAACAGCUGGUUCGUGGAGAACCCAACGUGUCGUACAUCUGCUCUCGGUACUACAGGGCACCAGAGUUGAUCUUUGGAGCCACCGAUUAUACCUCCAGUAUAGAUGUGUGGUCAGCAGGCUGUGUAUUGGCUGAACUGUUACUAGGACAACCGAUCUUUCCAGGUGACAGUGGUGUGGAUCAGUUGGUGGAAAUAAUCAAGGUUCUGGGAACGCCUACAAGGGAGCAAAUUAGAGAAAUGAAUCCAAACUAUACUGAAUUCAAAUUUCCUCAGAUUAAGGCACAUCCAUGGACUAAGGUCUUCCGGCCCCGCACUCCCCCCGAAGCAAUUGCGCUAUGUAGCCGUCUGCUGGAGUACACCCCCACCGCCCGCCUGACUCCCCUGGAGGCCUGCGCGCACUCCUUCUUCGAUGAACUACGGGACCCAAAUGUCAAGUUACCAAACGGGCGAGAUAAACCUGCACUCUUCAAUUUCACCACUCAAGAACUGUCAAGUAACCCAUCUCUGGCUUCGAUCCUCAUCCCUGCUCAUGCCCGGAACCAAGCAGCUGCUUCAACCCCUACAAAUGCUACAGCGGCCUCAGAUGUUAACGCAGGAGAACGAGUUCAGACCAAUAGUGUAGCUACAGCAUCAGCCUCCAACUCCACCUGAACCAGUACCAAGCAGCCAGCUGCACAGGAAAAAUCACCAGUAAUUUGAGUCUUGCUCAGCAACACUGGUCACAUUUGGAAAGAAAAUUAAAAAGAGGAAAAAAAAAAAAUCCAACAAAACAACAAACCAACCAACCUGUUCAUUUUAGUGUUCAAUUUUUUAUUAUUAUUAUUGUUGUUCUUAUUUAACCUUGUAAAAUAUCUAUAAAUACAAACCAGUUUCAUUGUAUUCUCACUCUGCAGGGUGUCCGGGGCAGGGGACUAGGUGGGGGGAGGAGGGAAAGCGGAGCAAUACAACACACCAAUGUCUCCCCUCGACAAUCUCUUCAUGUUGGAAGUUUGCUGUUGUGUACUUCAGAACCAGGACUCUUGCCUCAUACCCCCUCCCACAACAGAAAGAAGGAAAAAAAAAAAACAAAUCCCAAACCUCAUUCUCUGCUGAAGUUCUAUUUUUUUUUUUUUACCCUCUUUUUUUAUUUUCUUUUUAAGUGAAGUUUCGGACUUUGAUGUAGUGCACAGCUUGAAUUUGGUCGGGAGCUUAGCAGGGGUCAUUCAACAGAGCUCAGCGUUUCUUGUCAGCAAAUCCAUAUCCCAGGUUAUCUGAAGAACUGCCCUGGCUCGGCACCCGGAGCAGGCGACGUGGUAGGAAAAUAGGUUGCCAUGGGGGGGGGGGGGGGGGUUUGCCCUGUGUCUAAGGCUUGAACGGCUAGCGGAAGCCUUUCAUUUUAAAAAUCAGUGCUAGUGAUGAGGAAAUCUGCAGCUUCAUGUGGGAAAAGUCUUGCCCGAGUGGGUGAUAUAUAAUAUAAUACACACACAUGCACGAACAGCAGCGGUCGGCUCUGCCAGGGCAUCCCCUUUGCCCAGCUGGAGCUCCUGUUUCCGUGUCUCGGGCCGGCUCCCAGCUUCAGCAGAGAAGAGCGGACGAACAAAAUCCUCAGCAGGGGCAGGGGCCCAGCUGGUGGAUGGAUGUUAAGGGACUUCUUGGGAAGUGGCCACUGUGAAAGUGUGUUUGGUUGGGUUUUUUCUCUCCCCACCCCUCCUUGGCUCUUGAUUUGAACAGGCUUCCCUUUCCUAAGGUGCAUACAGGAAAAGGACACCAGGGUUUAUAAUGUGAACUGUAACAGGCUACUGGUUUAUUCUGUAAUACUUUUUUUUAACUGCAGUUUUAACUUGCAGGAUGCCACAUUCUCUGAUAGUUCUGAUUUUAAAUUCACAGCUAGAAUCUGUAUUUAAUUUUCCUCUUUUUUAACCUCUUGCCUUUUUUUUUUUAAAUCUCUAUUUAUUGAUGCAUAUUGCCACGUCGCCAUUAUGUUUUUACAUUGGUAGAAUAUUAAAAUACACAUCCGAAUGCUCUUGAUGGUGAUUUGUACCUGCUGACUUGUAGGAAAGCUGGCUCUAUAUGAGUGUGUGUGUAUAUAUAUUAUAUAAAUAUAUACAUGUAUACAUAGAUACAAUACUGCUUUUUUUAUUUUGUCUACGAUCUCGAAUCAGUCUGACUGAAGCGUGAGGUGAAUGCUUGUUCUAGUCCAUCAGUUCAGGGUCCAGGUUUCCUCCCUGCGACGGCGUGUGGUGCGAGCAUCCACGUCUCUCUUCCUGAAGUCAAAGCAAUAUUCCUUGCGAAAGGGUCAGGUGAGCGGCCGGAUGCAGCCCCGGCGCGGAAACGAGACUUUUGGAGACCUGAUCUUGUGGUAGGCUUGCGGUUGGUGUCCGCUCCAGCCUUAUCCUUCUUCAGAGAAACUGUAGUCGCCUUUGGUGCUUACCGAGCCGUUCCUCGACCUGCGGAUCUCUAAGGCAAGCAGUUGCUUUUCGGGAACACGCGGAACCUUCGUGUGGCCCGGGGGGAACCGGCAGUAGCGGCUUUGGAAGCUCGGCCGCCGCAGGGGCGGCAGGGGCUUGGUCACGAGCUCGGUGUGUUUCUUCUUGUACCUUUUAUGCUGUUGACGUGGGAUUUUUUUUGGAAACUCUUAGCAGCCCCGGAACUGAUAAAAGCUCUGCCCUCUCCCUCCUGCCUGGCACGCGGUGGGCUUGGGGAUGCAGGAGCUGAUUGAAGAGGUGAGUGACCACCUACCGUGAAACCGAUAAACCCUCAUGUUAUACCCCUCGGCGAUUUGCUGUUGGGCACACACACACAAAAAAAAAAAAAAAAGGUUUUAAAGCUUUCUUGCAUUCUGGCUGGCUGCAAAGGAAAGCACACCCACGUUGAGAAACAGAUGGCUUUCCAAAUCCUUACCUGCAACUUAAUAGAAAGGGCUGAAGAGCGUCUUAACGCAUGCGCUCGGCUAGUCAGUGUCCUGAAAGGUAAGUGAAGGGGCUUGGUUGACCCAGUGAUCCAAAUCCACGCAGGAGACUCAAAAAGUAGGACAGUGGCAGGGUAUGGAUCUGCUGUAUAGACAAGACUGCUGAAGCAUUGGCCACAGGCGCUGUUAUUUGGAGGCAGUAAAUUACAGAGUCUUUAAAAAAAAAAAAAGUAAUAAAAAUAUCAAAGAAAAAAUUGCUGCUUGUGCCAGGACAUGUGGCUUUUCUUUCUCAUUUUUUUGUUAAAGACUGGCGGAGGGGAGUCAGAGCGUUUCUCUCUGGUUUUGUGACUGUGCCGGCGUCUGUGUGUGUCUCGUGUGUGUGUUAGGCGGGGGGGAGGGUCAGGGGUGCCCCUCUGGUUUUAUUUCUGUUUUCAAGGAUCAUAGCAGGAUCACACACUCUUUUAUACAAGUUAGAUCCAGGUCUUUGAACAACCUUUUUUUGUAAAUAAUUAAAAAAAAAAAAAAGAAAAAAAAAAACACAGAAAAAGUAACAACAAAAAACAAAGCUCCUCACCAAAUUCAAGCUUGUACAUUAUUAUUUUUGGUUGUUUUUGAAUUUUUGAGUUUUAUUGUUUUGUAUGUAAAUAUGUGGACCCAGGAACUGUUAUUAAUGAGCAAAAAGUUACCGUUCAGGGCAGUGAUUCUGUUUAAUAAUCAGACAAAAUGUAGACGAGCUUUUUAAAGCCAUAUAGUUUUAACUCUGUACAGUAGGUACCGGCCUGUAUUAUUGUAACAAUAACUCUAGCGAUGUAUAGUGUAUCUAUAUAGUUUGGAGUGCCUUCGCUUCCAUGAUUUUUUGAAUUUUAUUUCCCUUUUAUUUUUUUCUCCUCCUUCUUUAUUAACAAUGUCUCCCACCCCAAACCCGCAUCUUUGCUCCCCCUCCCCGCCCCGCUUUCUAACUCUUUGAGUGCUGUAAGGUUUCGGUGAUACCCUGAUCAGUAGCAGAACGAAAAGAAACCGUCUCCACCGUCAUUUACUUCAUUGGAGCCGUGGCUUUGUUCUGGGAGUCUCCAAGGUGCCCGCCCUGCCCUUCUCCUCCCGCUAGCAGCAGCCGAUUUCAUCGGACCCUUGCCCUAGCAGCCCAUUUAGAUUUUGCUUGUCUCUCCCCUCAAUCCUGCGCCCAGGAGCGGCUGGGCAGCAGCAGCUUCCAGGAGGCUCGGCCUUUCCCACCCUCCCUGCAGCUGGGCCGGGGGCAGCGGCGAGCGGAAAGGGCCCCCAGGGAGGGAAAUGCCCACAUCCCGCAGGGUUGCUGCGCUGCGGUGGGAGUGGGGGCAUCGCUGUAGGAGACUGCGGUGGUUUUUUCUGCCGGGAGGACUUUCUGUUCCCUUUCUUCUCCCUAUUUUUCCCCCACAUCCUUCCUCGAAGUCACUUUUGUUUUCUUGAGAUAAGUUUAACAUGACUCUUAAUUUCUUGUGCCCAGCACGAAGGCCUUGUUUCUAAAACUAGUUUGCUUGUGUUUUACUACCUUGUUAGUAUUCCACAUAAGAUUGUCUUGAAUGGGAAAACACGUAACUCUUUACCAAACCAAAGGUUGCUGUUUUAUUUCAAAGCAUCUCGUGUUCAUUCCAGUGAAGCAGAGGCUGCACUUUCUUUCUGGUGACACGAAGGUCAGUGAUGCCAAGCUGUUGGCGACAGUCUGCUCAGAGCUGUCCCUCUCUUCUUUUACACUCUUUCAGGCUUCUUUUUUAACCCAGUGUGGUCUUGAUGUGUCCUUUACGUCAGCCCUGCCGUAGUGGGUCCCUGAGCCGGGCUGGAUCACAGUCUGUCAUUUCCGAUGGAUGCUCAAUCAAGACGCUGGUGUUCUUUACUAUUAAACUUAUCUACCUUGCUAGGGAAAAAGAAAAAAAAAUUACCUGCAAAAGAAAAUUGACUGGUAGAAGACCCCUGAACACUCUGUCCCCUUAUUUCGAAGCCAAGCUUUACCUAAAAUAAUGGCAGGUGCCUGCAACUUGCAACCUAAAAUUCCCCCUCCCCCAGUUUUCAGUACUUGGAAAAGCAGAAGUCAAGCAGCCUGUCAGACUCGUACUCCUGUACUAGGAACCUCAGCCACCGCAGAGACAAAGGAAAAGCCGAUGAGGAAAAGCACAGUAGGGUAUUCGGUCCGGGCUCUGCCUUCCAGAGACUGCCAGCGGGUACCCCUGGGGUGGCAGCUGAUUUCCACGGGGCUCUCGGCCGCUUCUGGUCGUAGUUGGCUUCGUUUUGCAACACUGCAAUAAUGGCAAAACGACAGGAAAGGAAAACAGUACCUAAGGGGUUAGCUCGAGAAAAGUAGCUUCCUUGUGUUGGUCUUUCUCAAUUUAUUUUUAAUAUAUAUAUAUAAAAUAUAUUUAUAUAUAUAUAAUUUGCUUGCCUGUAAAAUUUGCGUUCAUUAAUGUGUUGCUGAUGGAUCACUUGGGCCUGUACACACCAAUUAGCGUGACCACUUCCAUCUUAAAAACAGAAAUCUAAAUAUAUAUAUAUUAAGGACUGUGGGUUGUAUACAAACUAUUGCAUACACUUGUGCAAAUCUGUCUUGAUUUAAAGGAAAAGCAAAACCUGUAUAACAUUAUUACUACUUGAAUGCCUCUGUGACUGAUUUUUUUUUUUUUUUUCAUUUUAAAUAUAAACUUUUUUUGUGGAAAGUAUGCUUAAUGUUUUAUUAUUUCCCCCUCCCCAUUCCCCUUGUAAAUACGUUUUGUUCUGUGUGACUCGGUUCGGAAAUAGUUAACUGGUACUGUAAUUUGCAUUAAAUAAAAAGUAGGUUAGCCUGGAAAUGAAAUUUAAAAAAUACCAAGUGUGUGGUCUUUAUUUCAAAAAAUUGCCCUAUUCUUCCCUCCUCCUCUCUCCCUUCUCUGACCCUUGUUCCUCACCCUCAUGCCUCUUUCCACUCUGUGAGAAUAGGUGGACGUGAAUCUUUGUAAUAAUAAAGAAAAAACUCCAGAAAUGAGCAUGUUUUCUUAAAUGAGCUGUGUUAUUCCAUGCUAUUUUUAAAGAAAUGCCAGCUUGUCUAUGAUACCGUUUGAUUUGAUGGAGAGAGGAACCCUGGGACAUAAAUAUUUCAAAUUGAAACAAACCAAUCUUCCUUUACCGUCCACCUAUAGAUACAAACUUAAGAACCUGUGUAAACUGCUGGCUUUGAAUCCUGCACUCAUGGUUGUUUGGGUUGUUUUUUUUUUAAUCAUUGGAUCCCAUUAGUAAUGUUAUUUGGUGGUGAUCUGUAAAGUUUGUCGAGACCACGUCCAGUGGACCGUUCCUCCAGCAAAUCAGCACGUAGCUAUCUCUGAGUUGGGUUUCCGGUACUGGAUAAUGUAUGUAUUAAACAUGACAUGUCUAUUAGCGCAAAAAGAAAAAAGAAAAAAAAAAAAAAUAAAAAUCCUUUUUUGGGCUGGCUGACCUGGCCGAAUCCAUUCUGUCGCUAUCCUAAAGGCUAGAUGCGAGGUCAUGUGACUGCUGCUUCAAUAAAAACAAAUUUAUAUUGCAAA